AUGCCGGCCGCCCUGCUGAUGCUGCUGGCGGCCGGCCGGGUGCAGGCAGAUUAUGAAAAUACGUGGAACUCGUACUACGAACAACCGUGCUGCGGUGGCACCGCCAACGGGCCAUUCCAUUUGCGCCACCAUGGAGAUCACGUACGGGAGUUCCAGUGUGGCAAGUUCUACUACCGAACGUUCUACAUGGACGAGGAGCGGGACGCGCUGUACGUCGGGGCCAUGAACCGAGUGUACAAACUGAACCUGAAAAACAUUAGCAUGACGUCGUGCGAGAAAGACUCGAUGCUGCUGGAUCCGACCGGUGCCGACAUUCGUAACUGUGUGUCCCGUGGCAAAAGUGAGAUGUUUGACUGCAAAAACCACAUCCGUGUGAUUCAACCGAUGGACAACGGGACGAGGCUCUACGUUUGUGGCACGAACGCACAUAGCCCGAAGGAUGUGGUGAUUUUCCGAAACUUAACUCAUCUGCCACGGUCCGAGUACGUGCCCGGCGUGGGGCUCGGCGUGGCCAAGUGUCCCUACGAUCCGAUAGACAACUCGACCGCCAUCUACGUCCACGAGGGCAACCCCGGAGGUCUGCCCGCCCUGUACUCGGGCACCAACGCCGAGUUCACGAAGGCGGACACGGUCAUAUUCCGGGCGGAUCUGUACGAGAUGGCGUCCGGGAAGAAGAUGUACAACUUCAAGCGUACGCUCAAGUACGACUCCAAGUGGCUGGACAAGCCCAACUUUGUCGGUUCGUUCGACAUCGGCGAGCACGUGUACUUCUUCUUCCGCGAAAUCGCCGUCGAGUACAUCAACUGCGGCAAGGCGGUCUACUCGCGGGUGGCGCGCGUCUGCAAGAAGGACACCGGCGGCAAGAACAUUCUCAACCAGAACUGGGCUACCUACCUGAAGGCGCGCCUGAACUGCAGCAUCUCGGGCGAGUUUCCGUUCUACUUCAACGAGAUCCAGGACGUGUACCAGAUGGCGCACGAUAAGACCAAGUUCUACGCCACGUUCACGACCAGCACCAACGGGCUGGUCGGAUCGGCGGUCUGCAGCUUCAGUCUGGGCGAAAUGCACGCCGCCUUCAAUGGCAAAUUCAAGGAGCAGGCCACAUCGAACUCAGCCUGGCUACCGGUGAUGAGCUCCAAGAUUCCGGAACCCCGGCCGGGGACGUGCGUCGACGAUACGACCACCCUGCCCGACUCGGUGCUCAACUUUAUCCGCUCGCACCCGCUGAUGGACCGGGCGGUCGGGCACGAUUACGGCAAUCCGGUGUUCUACAAACGCGACCUGAUCCUCACGCGGCUCGUGGUGGACAAAAUCAGCAUCGACAUCCUGAACCAGGAGUACCUGGUGUACUAUCUGGCCACCAGCGAGGGCCGCGUGUACAAGGUGGUCCAGUACUUCCACGAGGGCCAGUCGCGCUCGAAGCUGCUGGACAUCUUCGACGUGGCCCCGAACGAGCCGAUCCAGGUGAUGCGGCUCAGCCGGCGCUACCGAUCGCUCUACAUUGGCACCGAUUCGCGCAUCAAGCAGAUCGACCUGGUGAUGUGCAACCGGCGCUACGACAGCUGCUACCGGUGCGUGCAGGACCCGUACUGUGGCUGGGACCGCGACAGUGCCAGCUGCCGCCCGUACCAGCUCGGACUCCUACAGGACGUGGCCAACCGGACGUCGGACAUUUGCGACACGAACGUGAUGCGUAAGAAAAUCAUCGUCACCUUCGGGCAGAGCGUCCACCUCGGGUGCUUCGCGCGGGUCCCGGAGAUCCUGAAGUACCAGCCGGUGACCUGGUACCACCACUCGAAGGAGCGGGGUCGCUACGAGGUACGGUACACCGUCACCAAGCACAUCGAGACGUCCGAGGGCGGCCUGGUGGUGAUUGCCAUCAACGAGUCGGACGGCGGUCGGUACGAUUGCUACCUCGGUGGCUCGCUGCUCUGCAGCUUCAGCCUCAUCGUCGAUGCCCAUCGGUGUACGGCACCGAGCAAAGGGAACGACUACCAGAAAAUCUACUCCGACUGGUGCCACGAGUUCGAGCGCUACAAGUCGGCCCUCAAGCGCUGGGAGGCGAAACAAUCGCAAUGCUCGACGGACCCGAAGGACAACGAGCUGGACCUCUACCAGGGCAACGUCUGA